AUGGCAAAGCAAGCUGAUAAGAAGAUUGUUUGGUUAAUAAAAGAUUUCUCCUCUUUGCAAGAUGAGAAGUGCUGUUCUGUUCCAGUCCUGAUCGGUGACUUCGAAUGGCGUCUUGUUGCCUAUCCCAAGGGAUACGAUGGUACUUCUUUGGAUCUGUAUCUAGAAGCUAUUGGUGAUGAAUUAUUGCCUUCUGGAUGGCGACGAUACGCAGAAUAUCACUUAACAAUAGUUAAUCAAAUUUCCGAGCAUUACUCCGUAAAGAUAGUUGGACGAAACUGGUUUGAUAAGAAAACUGCGAUGUGGGGUGGUCGAGACUUGAUUCCUCUAAGAAUUCUUAAUGAUAAAAAUGGUGGAUUUUUGGUGAAUGGAGAGCUCAUGGUUACUCUUGAAGUAGAUGUUUUUGCACCUAUUGGCACAUUAGGUGCAUCACAAGUUAGUGAUGAUGAUAGUGAAUGGACAGCUCUUGAUUAUUCCUCUUCUGAUGAAGAAGGGACAGCUCUUGAUUAUUCCUCUUCUGAUGAAGAAGGGACAGCUCUUGAUUAUUCGUCUUCUGAUGAAGAAGAAGACGAGGAUGAUGUAUUUGUAAUUCAUCGUUCGCAGGCUAAGGUAAUCUUUGAGAAGCAUCCAGAUCUUACGUCAAAUUUAGAUAUAAAGAAUGACUGGCUUAAGGGUGCUUAUGUGGAUCUUCUUGUUCACUUAACCAAGAAACUGAGCAAGUCUCAUGAGGAGCUCACUGACGAAGACCUAAACUUCGCAGACAGUGCGCUUUCUGAUCUGACCAAAGCAGGCUUCAAGCUGGAUUGGUUGCGUCAGAAAUUCGAUCAGGCUCUUUUGGAGAAACAGAGAGCUUUUGACACACAGAUGCUUGGGCAGCAGCUUUACCCGCUUGUGGAUCAGCUUGCACCAGUAUAUUCCGCCAAAGUCACUGGUAUGUUGCUAGAGAUGGACCAAGCCGAGGUCUUGCACCUUAUUGAGUCACAUGAAGCUCUUAAGGCUAAAGUGUCUGAGGCUUUGGAUGUUCUCAGACUCCAUUGUUAUUAUCCGCCAGAUGUUUCUUCCGACGAUGACCAGUCCGAGCUCUCUUCAACGGAGUGA